AUGAUUAUCUACCCAAUCAAAAAAUCUUUUGAAAUAGGAGAUUGGAUUGCGGGUGUAAUAGCAUGUUAUGACCUAGCAAUAUUUAUUAUUCUUGUUUCGCUGGGAAUCGAUAUAUAUAGUCGCGUGGAUGGUUUGUCUAAAUCAGAAUUGGACAGUUGUGUGUACACCAUGCUUUAUCUUCUCAUACAUAUCAUAAUUGUCAUGAUCCUCAUAGUCGUAUUAACUAUUUUACUUCCACAACGACAUUUCAAAAUCGGCUACUAUUUUACGAUUGCUCAAAGUUUCCUACUAGUUUUCUGGAUAAUACAAUUCAAUAAAAUUUUUAUUUAUGGAUCUAAAGUGGAUCAGAUAAGACAACAAUUCAUUUUCACUAUCUUUGCUCAAAUCGUUGCUAUUCCACUCUUAUUCGGCACUACUUACAUCUGUUCUCAGGCUUUCUUGCAAUUUAGCAAGCUCCGCCCAGAAUACGAUGGAGAUGAUCAGUAUGAAGUGAUAUAUGGAGGAGAGGUAUCUUUCCGCGCCCAAUUCUUAACUAUUCCUCUGCUCAUCAUCAAUACUUACAUUAGUGCUCAGGUUUAUUUGAUGACUAGCAAGCUCCGCCCAGAAUACGACGGAGAUGAUCUGUAUGAAGUGAUUGAAGGAUCAGAAGGAAGUUCGACAAAGAAAAAUGAUGUUUGA